GCCGCACUAGCAGAUGUAGAUGGAGAAAAACUUCCUCGAUCUCGGGACUCUUUUUCUCCACCACCACCACCACCACCUACAAAUCCUCCUCCACAUCAUGCUGCCUCCGGCAUUACCAUUAAAGCCUUAGGCGGUGAUCGUGGUCUGUUUCCUCUUGAUGAUGAAGCUCACGAUACAACUUCAAAUAAGCCAUGA